CUGGUUUCAGUGCAUGCAAUAACUUAAGUUGUCAGUUUAAUUCUAAACCUCACGCUAUUUCUAUUUGCCUUCAAGUUCAACAAAAUCGUCGAUAGUUUUGUUAAAUUUGACCGUCAAAAAUAGGAUCAAAGAUGGGUGAUAGUGAGCUUGAGGCAAUAAGAGCACGUAGAAUGGCUGAAUUACAACAACAAAUGGGUGGGCAAAAUCCGGAUCAGGAAAAACAAAGAGCAGAAGCCUUGCAGAGGGAACAAGAAAUGAAGAACACGAUGCUAGCUCAACUUCUGGAUCAAUCCGCAAGGGCAAGAUUGAAUAGUAUUGCUCUUGUGAAGCCAGAGAAAGCUAAGAUGGUAGAGAAUAUGUUGAUUAAUAUGGCACGUUCUGGACAAGUUGGUGGAAAGAUUAAUGAAGAGCAGCUAAAGGGUCUUCUCGGGCAGGUCAGUGAAAAGACAGGUCGAUCAGGAAAAGUCAAGUUUGACAGGAGACGGCUAGACUCGGAUGACGAUGACUAUUAGCUGCAAUCCAGAAUAUUAUUUAUAAGAAAUCCUGCAUUAUAACAAGUGUACUUCCUUUUGAUGAGGAACAAUGUACAGGAAGAGCGAGAUGUUAGAUGUGACAUAUUAACCUUGUGAGAACUUUGAUAGCUGAAUGGAUCAUGCUGCAUUAGCCAUGAUGGUGCUGGAUGGUUGGAAAGCAAAUCUGAAGUUCUUUGCUUUGUUUGAUUCCAAAAUUGCAGUCAUUUUAUAAAAUUGAACAUGGAAUCUUGUUUUUCCUCCUUAUAACCCUUAGACAUUUUCUUUCCCAAGACAAUAAGCAUGAAAUAGGAACAUUAAAGAUACUUGUUCUUGGACCUGGUUUCUAAUUAGCUCAUUCAGUGAGACAUCAGAAAUUUAUUCUUUGGUAUUCCUUCAUAUAACUGAAGAAUGCUUUGAAAUUUCUGACACUCUCCAGUGGUGUGUCCAACUGUGCAUGCAUGGGUGAAAGCAGAGGAAUGUUUAAUAGGCACAUGGUGGAAGUAGGUUGAAAACAGAUUGGUGCCAUUUCAAGGGGACGUUCAAACUGUAGGCAAAUCAGAGGAGUUAAAAUCAGUCAAAUGUGUCGUUUAUAUUGUGAAGUCAUGCUUACUUCCCUGUUAAGUUAAACAUUUUUGAGCUCUAUAUCAGCUGUUUAAUACUAACGCCUAUUUUUCUUUUUGUAUAAAUGUCAAAGUUCCAGUGUAGAAUGGAAUAAUUCUCUCAAUCCCCUUCUUGUGCCUUUUCAUUUGAUGAAAAGUCUUUUUAGCAAAUUGAAUGAUUGGAAAUGGUAUUGUAGCACCUAAGAUCUCGUUCGAAUUAAAAUUGAAAUUAUUUCGGCCCUUCCAGCAUUAUUUCCUUCAAAAUCUAUAUGUGUUGACAUGUAUGGUACAGGUGUAAUAUCACUAUAUAUUCAAUCAUAACAAAUUCAAGGGAUUUGCAAGAAUUUGAAUGGAUCAUAGUAAGAUUGAUAUUAUUAAUUCUAAUACAUACCUCAUACACUUUUCAACACUAACACACAAAAAACCUUUUACCAAGGUAAUAACCAUUGAUGGCAUAGAUAAUGUAAUAUAAAAGUUAAUACAAUGAGGCAUAGACUAUUUGAUUUGUAUUGACUAUGUCUUUACCAUUGCAAUCCCCCAGACUUCCUUGGGAGUGGAUUUGAGUGAUUGAAAGCCAGCAUAAGUCAUAUGGAUGAUUCUGAGGCUGAUAUUUGAGCUUGCUAAUUAUACCACCUAUCGUGGCUUAUAGCAAAUGUGAUAUUGAGUAGACUGAUCAGAACUAGCCAGUAUAUUGACUUACUUCUGAAGGCACAAGAAACGAUAAUACGAAGCUCAUAGAGUACCGAAGUGAUGACAUGACAAAAAAAAAGGUUUUUAGCAUUUCAGUGUUUUUGGUGCCAUAUUUUGGUAGAGCAUGAUGAAAUACCCCCACUACCAAAAUUUGGUUGGAAUCGGUCCAUGGGGGGGGGGGGGGGGCUGAGAUAUGACCUCAUGAAUACAUAAUUAGCCUCAUUGAAGUCAACGUAUUAUUGGCCUGGUUCUAAAUGUUAGGAACCAGGCCGAUAAUACGGCCAAUUAUGUAUUCAUGAGGUCAUAUCUUGGGGCCCCAUGGACCGAUUCCCACCAAAUUUUGGUUGUGGGGGUUUUUAUCAUGCUCUACCAAAAUAUGGUAUAAAAAAUGCUGCUAUGCAAAAAGUGAAAAUUGAUGACGUCACACUUCAGUACUCUCUUUCUAAAUAUUUUAUUUAUAUGCAAAUAAUUGUAUGUUUGUAUGGAAUGCGAUAAUAGUGAUGGUAAAAUGGUAUUCUACAGAAUAUUAUUCAACCUGUUUAUUUACUCGGUUAUGUAAUUCCCAUGAACUUUGUACUCCUAUUUCUGGUAGUGGUGGAAAAUUGGGUUAGGAUGGUAUUAUGAAACAAGUAGGUCUUCUUUGGACCAUCUUUUGUAUAAAGUCAAAUGAUUGCCAAAGUAGAAGCAGUUUUUCAGAUUGGGGGUGUUUUACAAUGAUUGAAUUUUGACUUCAAAUCAGAAUUCACCUCCCAGUUGCAUGCAGUAUAUAACGCAUCACUGAUUUGGUCAGAUCGUGUUUACUGUGUAUUAAUCACUGAAAUUAUGCAGGAAAUAUGUGCACAUUAGCAUGACUUUUUAGUCCUUGUUAAACACCCCCUGAUAAUACAAAACAUGUUCUUUGAGACCGAUUUCGUGCAGAUUCAUCAGUUAUUGGUGAGUUUGCUUCAAUUCUCUGAAUCCAGUAUGAUGGUAGGAAUUUAUGAACCUGAACACCAAGGGUGUUGGUGAAAAUUAUCUGCCAAAAUGUAACUACUGAACAGUCCUAAUACAAGGCAAAUCUGAGUUUCAUAGUUAUAGAGGGAAGAUAUUUACUAUUACCCGACUGAGUAAUGUUAAUUAUUAACUUCAUAAACACUUAGACUAACAAUAGUGUGAAGCCACCCAAAAUAUCCAUGACAACUUUAACACAAAUAAUUUCUCAAAGUACAAACACAAUCUUUAAAUGCAUAUUACAGCUAAACUUGCAUUAGUCAAACUUCCGUAAUAUUUGAGAAAGUUUUCAGAUCAGGGGGCCCCGUAACACAGCAAUGAUCAUAGAUCAUUUUUAUACGAUUGAUUGCUUGACUACAAUGUACAAUCAAUCGUAAAAAUCAAGCGUGCGAUUCGUCGCAAACAUUUGUGUUACUGGACCCUGAUUAUGUGAAAUGUGUUAUAUAAUUAUUUCCUCUUAUAAAGUUGAACUGAUUUUUGUGGUCCGAAAAGAUUUGUCUAGUAAAAAGGCAAUGUUACUUGUUUUUUACCCAUGAACUCAGCUUUUCAUGUUAUACAUGGAUACCUUAAAAACAUCAUCGAUGAAACAUGUGUAUGUGUGUAUAUACAUAUAAAAACUAAUUUAUUAAUGAUAAGUGUUUUGCAAAUGCAAUAAUGGCUUUUAAAUUCAACAUGAAUCUUAUGUCAAUGGAUCUUGUUAAUUUAGUACAGAUGGGAAAUACAUGUAUGCUCUACUUAAAGAUCAGAAAAGGCUGUAUCAGCACAAUGUAAUAUAUAUCUUCUUUAUCCAAGAAAAAAGAUAAUAGGAAAAUUAGCUUGUAUUGAACAUCUUCGUUAUAAUUUCAGAGUUCUUUUCAUUGUGAGAAAAGACCGUAUUUAAGCACAUUUUGUAAUGCUGUGUGUCCGUUACAUUUAUACUUUUGCCAUAUUUCAAUGGCAUAUUUUGUCGUGUGUAAAUUAAAUCAUUUAUAAUAUCAACAA